AUGUCUGCUCCUCUUCGUGUCUUGGUCACCGGCGCUGCUGGCCAAAUUGGAUACUCUUUGGUUCUUCAAAUCGCCAAGGGAGACGUCUUCGGACCUAACACUCCACUCACUCUUGUACUUCUGGAUAUUCCCCAAUGUGCUACUGUUCUUGAAGGAGUUGUCUUCGAACUUCAAGAUUGCGCUUUCCCAACUCUCCAUGGUGUCGAAGCCGUAACUGAUGAGAAGUCCGCUUUCACCGGAAUCGAUUAUGCUUUCCUCGUCGGAGCCAUGCCCCGCAAAGAAGGAAUGGAACGCAAAGAUCUUCUUGCUGCCAAUGUCAGAAUCUUCAAGAGUCAAGGAAAUGCUCUUGCUGAAUAUGCUAAGCCAACCACCAAAGUCAUCGUUGUUGGAAACCCAGCCAACACCAACGCUUACAUCUGCGCCAAGUACGCUGCUGGAAAGAUCCCAGCUCGCAACUUCUCUGCCAUGACUCGCCUCGAUCAUAACCGCGCCAAGGGACAGAUUGCUCUCAAAACCGGUGUUCCAGUUGGAGAUGUUAAGAACGUAAUUAUCUGGGGAAAUCACUCCAGCACCCAGUUCCCAGAUGUCAAGCACGCUAAGGUUCUCAAGGGAGGUAGCGAAGUUGAUGCUUACUCCGCAGUCGCUGAUGCCGAUUACUUGAAAGGAGCUUUCAUCUCUACUGUCCAAAAGCGUGGAGCUGCUAUCAUUGAGAGAAGAAAACUUUCAUCUGCUAUGUCAGCUGCUAAGGCUGCCUGCGAUCACAUCCACGAUUGGCAUUUCGGAACCAAAGCCGGAGAAUGGGUCUCUAUGGCUGUUCCAUCUGAUGGAAGUUACGGAAUCCCAGAAGGACUUGUUUUCUCAUUCCCAGUUACCAUCGAUGCUAACAAGGAAUGGAAAAUCGUUCAAGGGCUUGAACUUGACGACUUCGCCAAGGAAAAGAUCGCCGUCACCACCAAGGAACUCGAGGAGGAGAGAGAAGAAGCUCUUCAUGCCUGCAACGCUGCCAACAUGUAA